AUGUUAAUAGAUAUUGAUGAUAGAAAUUUAACACACUCCAAUUGUACUGAAAUUAAACUUGGAUCGAAGUGGAAUAAGCAUAAAAUUGAAAGUGCUGGAUUUAUUUCUACAAACCUUGAAAAUAAUGGACUUUUGGAAAGCAUUAUGCGAGUAUAUUCUUCUUAUUUUUCUUGGGAACAAGCUUUAUUAAAGACAAAGGUUAACUAUUAUCAAAGUGUUUCAUAUUCUAUAGUUGAGCCUAAUGGGAAUUAUCAACAUGUAAAGUUAUGCGUUGGUAAAGCAGUUGAAACAACUCUGUCUGCUGAUAGCCAAUCUGCAUUUGGAAUUAUUAAAGGGAUAAUUGAAUACACAUGGAACGACGAUCAAGUUUAUGUGUUUAUUUAUUUGGACUGGUUGGAAGAUCUUAAAAAACGUGAUAAUUUAUUGGAUUGUCCUAUCUAUCAUCUCCAACACACAUGCAAUAAUUCUUGGGAUCAAAUUCAUCCAAUUUCCAUUGUGUCUAAGUCACCAAAUGUUCCAUUCAUCCAUUAUUGUAAGGCAGGAUGCUCUUCACAACGACAUGAUACUAUAAAUCGGGAAUAUAUCUGA